GUGCGGGUAGCGGGUAACAUAAGCGAAAUUUUAGUAAACAUAAAUGAUAAAACUUUCGUUACUUUCGUAAAUAAACAGAUACAAUAAACAUGGCAGGACUGUUACUAAGUUCUACAGAAAAAGUUUUUAUUGUUCACGGUGUACAAGAGGACUUUCGUUCCGAUGGGCGAUCAAACAUUGACUAUAGGCCCAUGGAACUAGAAACAGAUGUAGUGAGCCACGCUAGUGGCUCAGCGCGGCUUCGUCUUGCAAACACAGACAUUUUAGUUGGCAUUAAAACAGAAAUAGAUACACCAAAGCCAGACAAACCAGAUAUGGGAAAAAUUGAGUUUUUUGUUGAUUGCUCAGCAAAUGCCACACCGGAAUUCGAAGGGCGUGGUGGAGAAAAUUUAGCUAGCAGCAUUUCAAACACAAUGCAAAGAGCAUAUCACUCAUCACAAGCCUUUGAUUUGAAGCAAUUAUGCAUUGUAGAAGGCAAACAGUGCUGGAAACUUUAUGUUGAUAUAUUGAUCUUGGAAUGUGGGGGUAAUUUGUUUGAUGCAGUUUCAUUAGCAACCAAAGCAGCUCUGUUUAACACAAGGAUACCAUUAGUAAAAGCCUUGUUGAUGGAUGGAGGAAAUGUUGAUUUACAACUCUCAGAUGAUCCUUAUGAUUUCAAAUUUCUAGAUGUUGGUUCUGCACCUUUGUUGGUAACACUAUGUAAAAUAGGAGAAAAAUGCGUGGUAGAUCCCUCAGCUGAAGAAGAAAGCUGCAGUGUAAUAUCAUUGAUAGUUGGAAUUACUGGAAACAGCAAAUCUUACUGUGCAGAUAAAGGAGCUUCUAACCUAUCUGAUGUUGACAUUAAAUGUAGUACAAUCAGUAUGAACGGACCAGGCAGUUUAGCACCAAAGACAUUAAAGAAUGCAAUUCACCAGGGCAUCAUUGCUGCAAAGGUACUAGACGAUUCAUUAGGACAAGCCUUAUUGCGUGAACGACGAGAAAAUAUCAACUCAAUGAAAAGUUCAUAUGGAUUUCUUAAAUAAACACUAAAAAAACA